CAGGUUGAAGCCUUUGGUCGACCUUCAAAAUAAACUGAGAAAUGCGCCAGGGUUUUUAGGACCUAGUUUAACGGAAGGCUGGCUUCGAAAAUACCAGGUGCUUCCCGGACGGACUCAUCCUACAAUGAACUCAUCUGGCUCGGGGGGCUAUAUUCUACAUGUCAUAAAAGUUUACGAUGACCCUACGGCCAACUCUGUCAUAAUACCUCGCAGUAAAAAGCCCAAAACGGAUACGGAGCAAACAUUGGAUUCUUCUGAAGCUACACCACCGUUCUUAAGGCCGCCAAGUCCAUGAUUAAUGUCAAACGGGUCAUAAUUGAUGAUGCAUAAGU